AUGAUUCCUAAUGGCCAUUUCCAUAAGGAUUGGCAAAGAUUCGUAAAAACAUGGUUUAAUCAACCUGCUAGAAAACACCGCAGACGCCAAAAUAGAAUAAAGAAGGCUAAGGCAAUUGCACCACGUCCUGUGGCUGGUCCUCUUCGCCCAGUUGUUCGUUGUCCUACUGUUCGUUACCACACAAAGGUUCGCGCCGGGCGCGGAUUCACUCUUCGUGAAAUAAGGGCUGCAGGACUAAACCCUGCUUUCGCAAGAACUAUUGGUAUUGCUGUUGAUCCAAGAAGGCGUAAUAAGUCUGUUGAAUCAUUACAGACUAAUGUGCAAAGAUUGAAAGAAUACCGUGCUAGACUCAUUCUCUUCCCUAAGGGCAAGAAGGUAUUGAAGGGUGAAGCUUCUGAAGAGGAGCGUAAGGUGGCCACACAGUUCCGUGGUCCACUUAUGCGUGUAGAGCAACCAGCACCUAAAUCAUCUGCCCGUGUUAUCACUGAAGAGGAGAAAGACUUCAGAGCCUACCAAUAUCUGAGAGGAGCUCGCUCUAUUGCUAGACUUGUUGGAAUCCGUGCAAAGAGAUUGAAGGAUGCUGCCGAAAAUCCAGAUGAUGUCACUAAAGCUCCAUCUGCAGUUAAAGAAGCUAAAGCUAAAAAG